AUGCUGCUCAAUCUGCAGACUGAGAUGAGGGCGUUUUACUCGCCCGAGUUCAACAGACUGUUCGUCCUUCCAUCGAUUCUGCUCCUCAACACCCUUUUUACUGACGGUCCUGCUGCCUUUAACUACGGUACCCUCGGCUUGAUUAUAGGUCACGAGAUGAUGCAUGGCUACGACAUCAACGGAUCGCGGUAUGACGAGAACGCCAAGCUGAGGCGUUGGCUGUUGCCUGAAUCAACGGAGCACUACGUGAACACCACGCUCUGCUUGCGGGACAUCCAUGUGGACGUCCUUCGCCGAAGCCAAGAAGUCCUAAACGAUACGGUAGACUCGGAAAACCUCGCCGACUUAGGGGGAUCGACGAUGGCAUACUCCGCGUUUAGGUCGCUGCCCCCCUCAAAGAGAGACAGCACGCUGCCUGGCGUCACGAUGACAGCGAACCAGCUAUUCUUCGUUGGCUAUUGCACGACAUGGUGCGAGGAAGAAACAACGGAACCGGCGCCCUGGCUCUCUGGCCGCAGUCGCUACGCACCUCUCCGCUCUAGGUGCAUCGUGCCUCUUAUGAACAUGCCUGAGUUCUCGGAUGCAUUCAACUGCAAGCUGGGGUCGGUCAUGAACCCGCCAAACAAAUGCAAUCUCUGGGUUUGAAAGAGCGACUGCCAACGCGUCCGUUGUGUCAUUCUGUACGUU